CGGAGGCGUUACCACUUCCUUUCUGAGUGAGUUGAGUGUGCGGACGCGAAGUGUGGAGUGGAGAGAAGUGUAUUUAGUUCGUUUACAACCUGUAAACAUGGCCCCCAGCACGCAAGCGGAUGAUACCAUCUCCGGUGUAAGGAAAGGCAUUCGAGCUAUUCUGCUCGGCCCACCCGGUGCGGGGAAGGGGACGCAGGCACCCAAGCUUGCAGAGAAGUACUGUGUGUGUCAUUUAGCUACUGGGGACAUGCUGAGGGCCAUGGUGGCAUCUGGCUCAGAGCUCGGUCAGCGGCUUAAGGAAACCAUGGAUGCCGGCAAACUGGUGAGUGAUGAGAUGGUGGUGGAGCUCAUUGAAAACAACCUGGACGCGCCUGCAUGCAAGAAUGGAUUCCUGCUGGACGGUUUCCCCCGCACCGUCAAGCAAGCAGAAAUGCUGGACGGCCUUUUGGAGAAGCGUGAUGAGAAACUGGACUCUGUGGUUGAAUUCUCUGUUGAUGACUCUCUGCUAGUGCGCAGGAUCUGUGGGAGGCUCAUUCACCAGCCCAGUGGCCGAUCUUACCAUGAAGAGUUCAACCCUCCCAAAGAGCCAAUGAAGGAUGAUGUGACUGGGGAGCCUCUUAUUCGCCGCAGUGAUGACAACGAGACCACUCUGCGCUCCCGACUAGAGUCCUAUCACAAGCAGACGGCCCCUCUAGUGCAGUACUACAGUGCCCGCAGCCUCCACACUGCGGUCGAUGCUUCUCAGUCCCCCAACCUCGUCUUUGCCUCCAUCCUUGCUGCCUUCUCUGCUGCUACCUGUAAAGAUCUUGUUUAUUUUGUCUGAAUCAUCUCUACAUCCACUCUUUUCUUGUAUGCAUUAUAAACCCUAUUUGAUUCCUUUUAUGUUUUGUACUUGUCUUUGUGAGUUUGUCUUUAGACAUGGUUUUGAUUCAUCUGCUGCCUAUUGUACAAUGGGUAACGGAACUCUUUUGACAAAAAAAACCUAUGAAAUAUUAAACGCUGAAUGGUGAACCCAAGCUUCUUGUAAUGCUUCAUUGAUUAAAAUAAUAUAGAAGUUGUCAUACUAAUUAAUUUGGUUAUAAGCUUCUAUAUAAUGAAAGCAUGUUUUGCUCUAACCAGACACCUGUAAAAAGUAUGGUUAUGUCAUUUGCACUAGUUCACUAUUUCCAGAGUGAAAUGUGAAAAUUCUUAAGACUUUCUGGUAGAUCUUGUAGUAAUGCAUGAGAUCCUGUAGAGGUCAUGUGAAUGCUUGGUUUAAUUGCUGA